AUGUUGUCAUCAUCUUCACGUGCUAUCGCAUCACUGAAGUCAAGAUGCGCAUACGAGCCAUACCUUGCUAAGGUCUGCAAGGCUGAGGACACCAUCCCAAUCUUCAAGAACGGAAUGUCAAUCGGCUGGUCUGGUUUCACACCAGUUGGUGAUCCAAAGGUUGUCCCAAUUGCUCUUGCCGAGUAUGUCGAGAAGAACAACCUUCAGGGCAAGCUUCGCUUCAACAUGUUCAUCGGUGCUUCCUCUGGUGCCAAGAAUGAAGACCGCUGGGCCAAGAACGGCAUGAUUGCUCGCCGUUACCCAUACCAGAACGGUGCUAACCUCAAGAAGAACAUCAACUCUGGCAAGACAAUGUUCGCUGAUAAGCACCUUUCCAUGUUCCCACAGGACCUCACAUGGGGCUUCUACACAAAGCAACGUGGUGGUGGCAUUGAUCUCGCCAUCGUCGAGGCUACAGAAAUCUUAGCUGAUGGUUCCAUCGUUCUUGGUGGUGCUGUUGGUUCUGCUGUUGAAUUCCUCAACGCUGCUGACAAGAUCAUCAUCGAACUCAACACAGCUAUCCCAUCCUUCAAGGGCUGCCACGAUAUCGUCGCCCCAUGGAAGCCACCGGGCAAGCCAUACAACAUCACAUCCGUUGACUCCCGCAUCGGCUCACUCUCCGUCAAGAUUGACCCAUCCAAGGUUGUCGCCGUUGUCGAGUCUCAUGCCAUCUUCCCAGGCAGACCAGUCAAGGGUGCUGAUGCUACAGCCAAGGCUAUCGCUGGCCACAUCGUCGACUUCUUCCAGAACGAAGUUAAGCAGGGCCGUCUCCCAGAGAACCUUUACCCACUUCAGUCUGGUGUCGGCAACAUCGCUAACGCUGUCGUUGAUGGCCUUAACGAUUCCCCAUUCGGCCACCUUACAGUUUACACAGAAGUUCUUCAGGAAGCUAUGCUCCCAAUGUUCGACUCUGGCAAGCUCAAAUUCGGUUCAUCCACAUCACUCACACUUUCACAGUGGGACAAGCUCUACGAUAACUUCGACUUCUACAGAAACAAGUUCGUUCUUCGUCCACAGGCUAUUUCCAACUCUCCAGAAGUUAUCCGCCGCCUUGGUGUUAUCGCUAUGAACACACCAAUCGAAGUCGAUAUCUUCGGCCAUGCCAACUCAACACUCAUCAACGGUACAAAACUCGUCAACGGCCUUGGUGGCUCUGGCGACUUCCUUCGUAACGGCUACCUCUCAAUCAUGCACUGCCCAUCUGCCAGAAAGACAAAGAAGGACAAGACAGGCAUCUCAUGCGUUGUCCCAAUGUGCACACACGUUGACCACACAGAACACGAUCUCGAUGUCAUCGUUACAGAACAAGGCCUCGCCGAUCUCCGUGGUCUUGCUCCAGUUGAACGCGCUAGACUCAUGAUCGAGAAGACAGUCCACCCAGACUACAAGGAUCAGAUGCGUGAAUACCUCAACCUCGCCAUCCAGGCUACACAGCCAAAGGGCGCUGGCCACGAACCACAGAUCCUUUCAAAGGUCUUCAAGAUGCAGGAGAACCUUAAGAAGAAGGGAACAAUGCACCUCGAUAGCUGGUAA